AUGCCGCCCUCCCAGCGCCGAGUGCUGAUCAUCGGCGGGAGCUUCUCCGGCUUAGCAGCGGGCCGAGACUUGGGGAGCCAUUACUUGGUGACGAUCAUCGAUGCCAAGGAGUAUUUCGAGUACACCCCGGGAGUCUUGCGUGCCUACGUCAAACCAAAGCACUUGGACGCGCUGACUUUUACUUUGCAGCCAGUGAUUGAGACUCGCAUGGGCUGCAAGUACAUUUGGGGCGAAGUGAAGGAGUUGAACGGUGCGGAGAAGACGGCCACCUACAAGCCAAUCUUCACCAGUGAGAGAGAAACCAUUGACUUCGACUACUGCAUCAUUGCGGCGGGCUGCAAUUUCGGCCCUUUCCACAAGUGGGGCGAGUCACUGUGGUUCCCGACCAUCCACGAGGAUGCGCGCCCGGAAGGCUCUUGGCCUCACCUGGAUGAGCGCUACUUGGAAGGCCGCAGGCGACACGUCCUCGAAGAGUUCAACUUCCUGAAGAGCUUGAACGACAAGUCGGCCACCUGCCUGGUGGUCGGCGCUGGCUUCAUCGGUGUGGAGUGGGCCACGGAGAUUCAGCACUUUUUCCCCAGGGUGAAGUUGACCAUCAUUGAUUUCUUGCCACAGCCGCUGGGUCCUCUGCCAGCUUCGGCAGCCAAAUACUGUGAGAAGUACAUGAACAAGGUGGGCAUCAAGCAGUUCUACAACACCAAGUACGAUGCCAAGAACCCUGAGUUCUGGAAGAGCAUUGAACUGCCAGAUGGUGUGGACAAGGAGUAUGUUUGCAUUGGUGUGAAGGCAUCAAACUAUUUCAUGCCCCCGGAGACCCUGAGUGAGAAGGGCCCCGGUGGAGGUGGUUGGAUUUUGAUGGACAUGAGCUUGGCUGUGAAGACACGGGAAGGAAAGCCUUGGGGUUAUGAUGAGAAGGGUUUUCCCCGGAUUUAUGCGGUGGGCGACUGCAACUACUCCUGCGUGGAGGAGCCCGGGAAGAAGCCUGACGAGUGGCCGAUCCCGCCCAUCCCCAAGAUUUCCUAUCCCGGUGAAGAGAUGUGCACCGUAGCGUGCAAGAACAUCGAAAACAUCGACAAGAUGCUCUACAAUCGCAGAAAGAGACACUGCUGCGGAUCGAAGAUUACGGUACAGAACAUGCAUUGGCCCUGGGGUGCCGGGAUGUUCGCCACAUCUUUGGGCCCGGAUGACGCUUGUUUCGUGGCGGGUGCCAAUUGGAAGAAGAACUCCGGCCUCAUGUGCGUUUGGGGCCAGGUGUGCGCCGUCCAGAAGGAGUUCAUUGAGGCCACGAAGACUGAUGAGUGCGCGUAUGGCAUCAUCGGCAGAGGCAUUUGGUACUUUGUGCACCAUACGCCUGUGCGCCGAGUGCUGAUCAUCGGCGGGAGCUUCUCCGGCUUGGCGGCGGGCCGCGACUUGGGAAGUCACUACUUAGCUGCCCCCACCGUGCGAAGGGGCGACGACUCCGGGCAGGUGACGAUCAUUGACGCCAAGGAGUUCCGAGAGUCAGAGUAUUUCGAGUACACCCCGGGCAUUUUGCGCGCCUAUGUGAAGCCUAAGCACUUGGAUGCUUUGACCUUCACUCUGCAGCCUGUCAUCGAGACGCGCAUGGGCUGCAAGUACAUUUGGGGCGAAGUGAAAGAGCUCAACGGCGCAGAGAAGACUGCGACCUAUAAGCCGAUCUUCACCAGCGAGAGGGAGACCAUUGACUUCGACUAUUGCAUCAUUGCAGCUGGUUGCAACUUCGGGCCGUUCCAUAAGUGGGGCGAAUCCCUGUGGUUUCCCACCAUCCAUGAGGAAGCACGACCUGAAGGCAGCUGGCCGCACUUGGAUGAACGCUACUUGGAGGGCCGCCGCAGACAUGUCCUGGAAGAGUUCAACUUUCUGAAGAGCCUCCAUGACAAGUCGGCCACGGUUCUCGUGGUGGGCGCCGGCUUCAUCGGCGUGGAGUGGGCCACAGAGAUUCGGCAUUUUUUCCCCAGGGUGAAGUUGACCAUCAUCGAUUUCUUGCCUCAGCCCUUGGGCCCCCUCCCUGCCACAGCGGCGAAGUAUUGCGAGAAGUACAUGAACAAGGUUGGCAUCAAGCAGUUCUACAACACCAAGUACGAUGCCAAGAACCCUGAGUUCUGGAAGAGCAUUGAUAUGGUUAGUGGACCCGACAAGGAGUACGUGUGCAUUGGUGUGAAGGCGUCCAACUACUUCAUGCCAAAGGAGACCUUGAGCGAGAAGGGACCUGGUGGCGGAGGUUGGAUUCUGAUGAACCAGAACUUGUCCGUCAAGACUCGCGAUGGCAAGCUUUGGGGUGCGGAUGACAAGGGCUUCCCCCGAAUCUAUGCUGUGGGCGAUUGCAACUAUGGGUGCAUUGAAGAGGCAGGCAAGAAGCCAGACGAUUGGCCGCUUCCACCCAUCCCAAAGAUCUCCUACCCAGGUGAGGAGAUGUGCAUCGUGGCCUGCACCAACAUUGAGAAGAUAGAUAGGCUACUCUUCCAGAGCAAGACGGUUGAUUGCUGCGGAGACCCAUUGAAGGUUUGGGACAUGCACUGGCCAUGGGGUGCCGGGAUGUUCGCCACAUCCUUGGGCCCAGAUGACGCUUGCUUCGUGGCUGGCGCCAAUUGGCAGAAGAACUCCGGCCUCAUGUGCGUUUGGGGUCAGGUUUGCGCCGUGCAGAAGGAGUUCAUUGAAGCCUCCAAGACGGAUGAGUGCGCUUAUGGCUUUAUUGGCCGCUGCAUUUGGUACUUCGUCCACCACACGCCUGUGCGCCGAGUGCUGAUCAUCGGCGGAAGCUUCUCCGGCUUGGCGGCGGGCCGCGACUUGGGAAGUCACUACUUGGUGACCAUCAUUGAUGCGAAGGAGUAUUUCGAAUACACCCCGGGAGUGUUGCGCGCCUAUGUGAAGCCAAAGCACUUGGACGCACUGACCUUCACCCUGCAGCCCGUGAUCGAGACGCGCAUGGGCUGCAAGUUCAUCUGGGGCGAAGUGAAGGAGCUUAAUGCAGAGCAGAAGACGGCCACCUACAAGCCCAUCUUCACGACUGAGCGUGAGACCAUUGAUUUCGACUACUGCAUCAUCGCGGCAGGCUGCAACUUUGGGCCCUUCCAUAAGUGGGGUGAAUCCCUGUGGUUCCCCACCAUCCACGAAGAUGCUCGACCCGAAGGCAGCUGGCCACAUUUGGACGAGCGGUAUUUGGAGGGUCGCCGCCGACACGUCUUGGAGGAGUUCAACUUCCUGAAGAGUCUCCACGACAAGUCGGCCACCUGCCUCGUGGUGGGCGCUGGCUUCAUCGGCGUGGAAUGGGCCACGGAGAUUCAGCACUUUUUCCCCAGAGUGAAGUUAACCAUCAUCGACUUUUUGCCACAGCCCUUGGGCCCCCUCCCUGCCACGGCGGCCAAGUAUUGCGAGAAGUACAUGAACAAGGUUGGCAUCAAGCAGUUCUACAACACCAAGUACGAUGCCAAGAAUCCUGAGUUCUGGAAGAGCAUCGAUUUGCCCAACGGUCCGGACAAGGAGUACGUGUGCAUUGGUGUGAAGGCGUCCAACUACUUCAUGCCAAAGGAGACCCUGAGCGAGAAGGGACCUGGUGGCGGAGGUUGGAUUCUGAUGAACCAGAACUUGUCCGUCAAGACUCGCGAUGGCAAGCUUUGGGGCGCAGAUGAGAAGGGCUUCCCCCGCAUUUAUGCUGUGGGCGAUUGCAACUACGGGUGCAUUGAAGAGGCAGGCAAGAAGCCAGACGAUUGGCCGAUUCCACCCAUCCCAAAGAUCUCCUACCCCGGUGAGGAGAUGUGCAUCGUGGCCUGCACCAACAUCGAGAAGACAGACAAGCUGCUCUUCCAGAGCAAGACUGUUGAUUGCUGCGGAGACCCAUUGAAGGUUUGGGACAUGCACUGGCCAUGGGGUGCCGGGAUGUUCGCCACAUCCUUGGGCCCAGAUGACGCUUGCUUCGUGGCUGGCGCCAACUGGCAGAAGAACUCCGGCCUCAUGUGCGUUUGGGGUCAGGUUUGUGCCGUGCAGAAGGAGUUCAUUGAAGCCUCCAAGACUGAUGAGUGCGCCUAUGGCUUCAUUGGCCGCUGCAUUUGGUACUUCGUCCACCACACGCCGGUGCACCUUUUCGGCGGUGGCCCCCGCUGGGGAUACUAA